UCUUUAUUCAUGGCGCUGGAUUCAAAAUGUGUUUAUUCUGACGUCACGACGCAAGGCAACACGGGAAUUAAAGGAAGUACAUCUCGCGACAUUUUUCGCUACCAAAGAUUUCUUUACCAAUAGUUUUUCCCCCCGUUUAUUACGUUCCAGUUGCAUUCUGGGAGAUGUAGUCCUUUUGUAUAACCUGUUUUGUACUUGUUGAACAAGGGAGGGAUAGAAAUACCCUUACCCACAAUACAAUAGUGUAUGUUCCAAAUUCCACGUUUGUCUUCAGGCGAAAUUUUAAUGGUGACAAUGUUCUGUGGGCUGAUGUCCCAGGGCACCCGCCGUAGUGGGAUUCCGUGUUUGUACAGGCUUGGAAGGAGAUCUUUCCCUUGGUUUUUAAGUAACAUGGUACAGAGUUGUGGGAUUCGGUCUAUGUACCAAUCAGCAGGACUUUCCAGAGGAGGCCAUGGUCAUGUGGUGGAUCUGCGAAGUGACACUGUGACACGGCCCUGUGCAGAGAUGCGAAAAGCGAUGGCCGAGGCAGAAGUGGGGGAUGAUGUGUAUGGGGAGGACCCCACAGUGAAUGCAUUACAGCUUCAAGCCGCUCAAAUUCUAGGAAUGGAGGAUGCUGUUUUUUUGACAACUGGGACUAUGGGAAACUUAAUUUCAGUGAUGUGUCAUUGUCGAUCCAGAGGAGCUGAGAUCCUGGUAGGAGAUGAGUCUCAUAUGUUCAUUUAUGAGCAGGGAGGUUCAGCACAGAUUGCAGGUGUUUUUUCCCGACCAGUGAAAACUUUUAACAAUGGAUGUCUGGAUCUGCAAGAUUUGGAGAGUAAGAUCCAACAUUCUUAUCCAGACCCACACUAUGCUAAGACGCACCUUGUCUGCUUGGAGAACACGCACAAUCGUAUGGGAGGGCGUGUCCUACCUUUGUCCUACAUGAUGGAGGUCAGGACUUUGGCUGACCAAUAUGGUCUGAAAGUUCACAUGGAUGGUGCUCGUCUACUGAAUGCUUCUUGCUCCUUAGGGGUGGAACCUGCAGAGAUUGGUCAAUACUGUGAUUCUGUGUCCAUCUGUCUAUCCAAGGGACUGGGAGCUCCUGCAGGAUCACUGCUUGGAGGGCGAGCACAGUUUGUGGCUGAAGCUCGCAGAGCGAGGAAGUUGCUUGGUGGGGGGAUGCGUCAAUCUGGGGUGCUGGCUGCAACAGGAAUAGUCGCUCUUAAUCGUGCUAAAGAAAAUAUUAUAUUGGACCAUCAGAAUGCCAAGGCAUUUUCUAAAGGUGUACAUGCACUGGCCUCCCCACUCUGCUCUUCAGAACCCCACAGUGUGGAGAGCAAUAUAGUUAUGCUAAAGAUGAAUGGGAAGCUUUCAGCUCAAGAACUGUGUGAAAGUCUAGCAUCAGUGGAGAAUGGGCAUGGGGCAAGCAUCAGAGCUUUAGCCAUGUCCUCAAAUUGUGUGAGGCUGGUGUGGCACCGUGACAUAAAUCAGCAGGACACCCAGUUGGCAUUGGAAAAGCUUGAACAUGUUCUUAAUAAAUACAAUGAAGAGAAGAGUAGUUUAUGACCAACUA